UUCCAUGCCACCUCUUUCAUAGUAACAUUAGCGUCCAGAGGCUGAGUGGUGUCGCGAAACGGAUUUUAAAUCUUAGUUUUUGUUGACAGCUUCAAAAUCUGUGGAAAUGUUCAACAGUGAUCGCAGGGAGUUUGAUGAGGAUCCGUUCUUCUCGGAUCCUUUCCGGGCUCACAGGGAACAUAUGCGGCACAUGAUGCGAAGCUUCUCUGAGCCAUACGGCGGGCCCGUGAUGCCCAGUAUAAUGGAUGGGAGAAACCGUGGUCGUGACAUGGCAGAACAUCCAAGCUCAUCCCUGGCGCUGAGGGACGAACACAGGGAUUUGAUGAGGAACCCUUUCGGCAUGUUCGACAAUGUGAUGUCCAACAUGAGAAACAGGAUGGAGGAGAUGCACAGAAACUUUGAGAACAUGUCCACGGAUUCAAACACCCACUCAUUCAGAUCCUCAUCAGUCAUGACAUAUUCAAAGGUUGGAAAUGAGCCUCCCAAGGUCUUCCAGGCGAGCUCAUUGACACGCCGGGCCCCUGGGGGGAUCAAGGAGACCCAGCAAGCAGUUAAAGACUCUGAGAGUGGUCUGGAGAAGAUGUCCAUUGGUCACCACAUCCAGGACAGGGGACAUGUUGUUGAGAAGAAAUACAACAAGAAAACAGGAGAGAAGGAGUUCAUCCAGGACUUUCAGAAUUUGGAUGAAUCUGAAGCCCAGUCUUUUGACGAAGAGUGGCAGCAGGAGGUGUCUAAGUUUCGGCCAUCUGGCCCCAUGUCUCGUCUGGAGGAACCCCGACCCCGUGGUGUUCACCGCGCAGCCCUGGCCGGUUCUAAGCAGAAACACAGUGACCAAUCAAAGGGCAAGACUGAGGGUAAAAGCAACAUGAAAGGCUCGAAAAAGCAGUGAAAACAUCUGUUUGUGUGCCUAUUAAAGUCUUUUAAGCAUCAUGCAGUA